GAGUUGUGUCUUUUUACGAUAACGUUAACCCAUUUCGCCUGUCAAUAUUUUCGGUGGUUGUGUGAUUACAUAAGCAUUGGUCGCACAAGCAACACUUCAAGAUGCACUCAAUCUUCACUUCUAGCAAUGUAAAUACGACUAAGAUAUUCUAGAAAUCGACAACAAUGCUACCGACAAAUAAUUCUUCCGCCAAUACUGCCCCUAAUCAAUAUUCUAUGGUUGAAGAAGCUUCGGGGCAGCGCUAUUAUCAUCGAACCGAACCACAAAUGUAUGUGCAAAACCCUGAGCAGCCAAAUCUCCAGCAGCAGCAGCAGCAAUUCGAGCAGAACCGACAACACGUGCAAACGUAUCAAAAUCAGCUGCCGCCGCCGCCUCCUUAUUUUCAAAAUUCCCCCUACAACCAAACGCAAGUUCCGCAUUAUAUAAGCAAUGAUAAUAGAACUCCGGUGCCACAAUAUCCUGGGUUUCUUCAAAAUCAGAGCUCAUCAGAACAUCGCCCAUUUGCUCCGGGACCACCAAGUAUGGAUCAUUCCAUUCGGACAUAUUCUGAACAGCCAGCAGAAAAUUCUCCUUCACAAGCUAUUGCCGGAAAUUUGACCCAGGUGGUUAUCAGAUCCCCAAGUGCCCCUCGGCGGGGACGUCCACCAAAGAAUCUUUCCGACCCUUCGUAUCAAAAACCUCAAACCCCUCAAAAACCGACGAUACCAAAAAGGCGAGGCAGGCCACCUAAAGAUCACACGGCACUAUCCGGCAGUAACGAAUCAGACUCAUUUACGACAAAAGACCAAAAGCUCAAAUCCCUCAAAAAUCAAAAUUCCCAAUCAGAUGACAACCCACCAAAGAAACGAGGUCGCCCACCAAAGCAACCUUCCCCUGAAGCAGAUAUUGAACCACCGAAUCCAAACUUUCUUGUCUAUGACUGUGAGUGGGAUAAGUGUCCUGCUAAAUUACACAACUUGGCUACGUUGAGAAUGCACCUCUUUAAAGUUCAUGGUAAAAGGGAGAACGACAAGUUUCAAUGCUUAUGGAAGGGUUGUGUCGCUGCUGCACAACAUACUGAAAAUGAAAAUACCUUGGCAUCAGAAUCGGGAAUUAGGAAAUUACGAGAGUUCGAAGACGAAGAUAAGUGGAAAAGGCAUAUUGAGAGAAAGCACAUAACCCGCUAUGCUUGGCACAUGGGUGACGGGCCUAUGAAUUCAUUAGAUGGCCUCAAUAGACCCAAAUCUCCAACUGUCCCGUCAUACCUGUUUGAUAAGAAUGGCAACCAAGUCACUCCAUCAGUUGAAGACCAAAAAAUUGAGGAUGGAGACCCCAAGCAGAAUAGCAAAAAGAGGUUCAAGCGAGUUAUUAGUGGUCUUGAUUUUGUCUUGAAGCCAAUUUAUACCUCGAAUUUUACAUUGCCAACUGAACCUGGAGAAGAGGAAGUUCAUGGGAACGGCAAAGCUCAUAGUGAGAAAGAGCUGAAGAGGGCUGAAGGAAAUGGAGAUGAGACGGAUAUGGAGGACAUUGAACCGGAUUUUUAGUUAUUUUGACAGGGGAGGGGAGCUGGAGAUGGGCGCUCUCCGGUGGUCGUCGGGUCAGGUAAACGCAUUUCUUAAUUUUCAUGAUACCAUAAAUCAUCUAGAUUGAUUGAGUUUGUUUGGGGGUUUAAUCAAGAUGGAUUAUUCUGGCGUGUAUAUACUGAUUUUACAACGAGCGAAUCCGUCGAUGGCUAUCAUGGGCGAUUAGCAACAUUCUUCUAAUUUUCAUAGUUAUUAUGACUCUUUUUUUAAAUGAUUAAUUCAAUACAGUUGUUGUAGAAGAGAAUCACA